CGUUCGCAGUGUGGAAACAUCCCUGCACGGUAUAAUUUUGAUGUAAACAUCGUGUGUUUCGCCAAGCAUGAGGCCAGGCGAACAAACGGUGCUGUGAUCAACUCAGGACAUGCUUGUGAGCGGAGGGUACUACCACGUUCACCUGUCUGUGCUACAGGGUAACUGCGGCAGUGAGACUUACCAAAUGUGGCACAAAUUUUCUGCGUUACACCACUUCUCACGACGCACCUCCACCGUAUUCUCCCGGUCUCUAGUGUUCAAUUUGAUCACAGUGUACACGCCGGUGCUUCUGCUGGCGGGUUCUAUAGUGACAUCAGCCAAGCAGAUUCUCAGUCCCAUACAUUGCGAAGGGGAAGGCAAGGACGGCCUGAGCAAGGAUUACGUCGAGACCUACUGUUACAUUGAAGGAACUUUUAAUCUGUACAUGAAACAAGCUGAACAACAGAGCCCCAAAUCAAGCGAGCCCUUCCUACGUAGGUUCGUCAGCCCUCAAUAUCAGGUCGGGAAAAAUGUCAUCUACCCAAACCUGGGCCAGUUCGUGGAGGGCCAGAGUUCACGCAGAGAAAUAUCGUACUACCAGUGGGUUACGUUCUUCCUUCUCAUCGAGGCGCUGAUCGUCUAUCUGCCACGACAGAUAUGGCAUCAGCUUACACAAUCGCAGUGCCUGCCCUUUGACUUCACCAAUCUCAGGAGACGAGAAGACUGGGAAGACAAGAAGAACUUUUUGGUAUGGCAUAUGAAACAGACGAGAGGCAACCACGAGUAUUGGCUAUGGCAGUAUUUGCUUACCGAGCUGCUGGCGAUAGCGUUAUUAACCGCCUUCUUCAUACUGACAGAUGUUUUCUUGGGAGGAGACUUCUACAAUUAUGGCCUUGAUUGGUUAAACUACAUGCACAACUCAACCAACACAACGAUCUCACCUAUGACAGCUCGGUUUCCGAGACUCACCGUUUGCAAGCUGCAGUACCACAGUCGAGGGGGCUCUAUCAACAGUUACUACCCUCUCUGCUUGUUGCCCAUAAAUUGCUUCAACGAUAAGAUAUUUUUGUUCAUGUAUUUCUGGUACGCUAUGUUGUUUGGUCUAUCCCUCUUACGAGGCAUGUACAUGAUGGUCUUACUUACUUGUAAGCCAGCGCGUCGUCUGCGUUUGAAGCUCAGUGCUAAGUUGGUCCCAGAGGACACCCUCGACCGCUUCAUCAACUCGCACAACCUGAGCGACUGGUUUGUUUUGUGUAACCUGGCCCCGAUAAUGGACCCAGUUCUAAUCGCCGAACUCGUCACUCAGUUAGUUUACGAAGUUGGAGGGGACGGUACGGAUCCCAAACAGUCACGUAUUGGUAAGCAAGAGAAAUCUUUACAGUCUGUGAACUAUAUAUGAGACUUAGCGCCGCGCGCUUGCCAUCCUUCGCUCAUGCACUGCCUUCAGAACGGCCAGCCGGACCCUCCCUGCCGCCGGGCGCCUCCUCCUUAUCCCAAUCUCAGCUAUAGGAAUGGCUUCUUACCAGGCCGCUAUAGCACCUCUGCCAGACCCAACGGACAGUGCCUAGAAGCUCUCUAAACAACACGGACAGUCUCGAGGUUCUUACAAAACGGGACAUUUGAACAUUACUAUUGUGAUGUAUAAUAUUUCACUCCAUUAAUGGCCGCCACAAGAAAAAAAAAACACAUCGACGACCGCUAUCAUCCUCCAAGUUCCUACUUUAGAUACUCCCUAAAUUUUUUGAAGCUUCCCAAUCACCAGCGGUCCGUGGAUUAAAUCUGUUUUUAUUCCAUAAUUCAUAAAUGUUAUUACAUUUUUGUGAUGUUUUUCAUUCCAGAUAAUUCGAGAUAAAACCAUGACGGUGUCACUUGUCCGGAAGUUUAAAACUUCAAUCUCAAAGUUUACUUUUACCAGUAUGUAUCUUACACAACCAUUCUUUAUUCUCGUUAUUUAUCCCCAUUAAUGCUUUGAAUUCUGAAAUAAGAAGAUACUCACAGCCCAAUUAAACUUCAAUCUGCGCUCGUACUCUUUUUCACACAUGACUUACAUUUAAUUUUCUUAUUUGAAUUAAACUCUUCACAAAUGACGUUGGAAGAAGGAGAGCACUUACAAGAGAGACUUUCCAUAUUCCCCUCGUGCGUGACGUACAAUCAGUCAAUGUUGCAUUAAUUUUUUCGUACUAUUUCUGGCAUUGAUUUGUCAGGAAGCAACGUAUACCUGCUAAAACACACGAUAAAGCGUCAAUUCAAAUCUCAACGCGUCAAGAGGAGUUUUUCGGGGUUUUUAUAAAUUUUGCUGCCAAAAAUUUUAUGGAACAGAAAGACGAUCAUAAUGGAAGACACUAAUCAAGGAUUGUGAUUAAGAUUAAAAUGUUUCGGGAAUUCACCUCAUUCUAUUCAUUUUCUCAUUUUGUAAGGACCCCAGAUUGCGUCCACGAAUAUAUGCCAUUUUAUGUUCUGAAUCCUUCGCCUGGUAGCUACAAGCCGGACUCAAUAGUUUGUUUUCCAGAAAUACGGUCUAUAAACUUAAUUGGUUACAGUAAAAAAUUUAGGCUUCUUCUUCAUAUAAGCAUUCUCUGAAGAUUUUCAUGUUUCUGAUGUACCCACAACUUGUCAAUAUUUCCGGUACGCGUAAAAUGUGCAUCAAUCGCUUCAAACUCUGGCUUUCUGGCACUGAUGAUCCAUCACUUUCUGUUCACCCCUCUUUCAGCCCCACCCCAAGUAACCUACCUUUUAGAACCGUUGAGGGCGGCGUGCGGCACCACCGAUUGAAACGUAAUCCCAUUAAACCCUACUGAUCAACUCGAAACGAAAAAUGGGGAGCUCUUGUAAUUGACGCUAUCAUUGCUAGGCAUGGCAGCCGUUCUUUUGCUGGCUCAGUUAUGUGGGACUAAAAUUCCAUCGAAUUCUUUUACUUGACACUGAAAUUAUUCCACUAAAAAUAUUGUACAGGGAGAGGACAUCGAGAAUUAAGUACUCCAUAUUGUGGAUUCUUUUGUUCAGUUUUUAUCGUCAGGAAUAAAUCAAGUGGAAUCUAUGUAUCAAUAAUGUAUAACUUAAGCCUGAUGUAAAAUGCGAAAAUUGAUAACUGGCUUGCAAAGAACAAUUUAUAUUAUAAUUUUCGUACAGCGAAAUUUCGAACGGCCAGGAAGUUUGGUAUCCGUUUUGUAUACCGUUUCGUAUCCGAACUACACGUUUGUAUACUGUAAAUGGGAUUUCCACUAAAGACAAAUCAUCAUUCAAAUAUUACUUAUUUUUUUCAACCAAGAAGUGAAUUAACAUUCACUACUAUUUUAAGAUGUCAGCAGUGCAAUGAACUUGAAUAUUUAGGAGCGUUUUCUAAGUACUCCUCACUAUAGCAAACUUGGUGAAAAAUCUCAGUUUGACGAGUCAAUUGUUGGUGGCGAGAAACCCUCGUUGCGACCUUCAUAAUAUACAGUAAAUAUACGGUGUUGUUGCCUGACAUCCAUCAUCAUUGAUAACAAUACUGUCCACCUUGUGGUCAAGGUUCAUUAUUAUUAUGAUAUACAGUAAAUAUACGGUAUUGUUGCCACACAUCCAUCAUCAUUGAUAACAUUACUGUCCACCUUGUGGUCAAGGUUUAUUAUUAUUAUGAUAUACAGUAAAUAUACGGUAUUGUUGCCACACAUCCAUCAUCAUUGAUAACAAUACGGCCCACCUUGUGGUCAAGGUUCAUUAUUAUUAUGAUAUACAUUAAUAUACGGUGUUUUUGUCUGACAUCCAUCAUCAUUGAUAACAAUACUGUCCACCUUGUGGUCAAGGUUUAUUUUAAUACAAUAACUCAUCUAAUCCUUGUAUUGUGACAUAAAACCUUUUCCAGGCUAGAGAUCUCUGACACUGGUAAUUCAGCCAUGAACCUUUCCAUACUCUCCAAUUAAGGUGAAAUUUCAAAUAUUUUAAGAACAUUCAAAAACAUUAUUUUCUGUCGCUGCAAUUUCCAUUGAAAUAAUAAUUUUUGUAAAUGUUUUAUGCGUCCAUUUGGUGUCUCAUGCUAAAAUUUACCUGAAAUAAGUAGUUAGAAUGUUACCUGACCGCUUUUCGUAAUGAGGUAUGAAGUCUUCAUCGUUUUGCAGUCCUAAAUAUAUUAAUUGGUUGAUUGAACUGUAAUAGAUUUAAUUUGUUUCAUUAAUGAAAUUCUGACUAAGACUAUUAACUUACUGCUAAUAAUAAGUAUUUUUAGAGAAUGUUCAGAAAUAUAACAUUUUAUUAUAUGAUACGAAGUCCACACCUCUGACAUGUUUUUUGUAGUUUACACAAUUUAAAACUAUUGUUAUUAUUCACAAACGAAUUAUUAUUUGCCGCUCUCAUGAUUACUCUAGAAAUAAGUAGUUAGUGUGAAACAAAUUUUGGUUUCUUGUUGGGAUGAAUAUGUUUCAAAAGUCACCAAUGACUACUUCAUUGUAUAAAUUUAGUUUUAUCAUUUCGUUAUCGUUUCGUGUACGUUAAUUAAUUUGCCGCUCAAAUUUCAAUAGCCAAAAAAUGUAACUCGAGAAACUAAUAAUUGUUUGGAAACGACCAACCAGUAAUCUCAAUGCAUUGUUCCAAGCCACGACUGAAACUGGAAAUGUGCCGCAGACUGUCGUCGUGUUAUCCUUGCCCUAAAUAUAAACAUGACGCUAAGUUAAGUUGUACAUCAUUCACCGCAUUGUGAUCCAAAUCAUAAGUGAUUAUUUUGAACAGCCUCGAGACUUCUGUGCCCUGAUGUACUGAGCAUCUGCAUGGCGGAAGAACACAAGAGUUCCCCUUAGAAUAAAAGACUGCUCUGCUCGUGCCUAGACUUUUGUGUGCUCCUGUUAAGUAUUAAAACAACAAAUGUGAAGGUAAUGGAGGCGUACACAGCAAGUUCUAGGGACAAGACGAUAUGCUGCCUGCAGAAAGUUUCUCGUGUGCCAUGAAUCUUUUUCACGCCCGACAAGUUUUUUGCAAGCCUGAGCAUCGGAGCAGGGAUGAUAAUUUUGUGAGGCCAUAGGUAGCAACCCAAGGCGAUAGUUUACGAUUUAGGUGCGUAUUUAGCCCGUUGGUAGAAGCUGAAUCGGUAUUAUUGACGAGGGGCUUUUGGUGUUCUCAGUGUGUGAGAAGAUCAGGUCAGACGCGAUCUCUUUUCUUCACGAUUUUCUCAGAUAUAAAUUUAGUGACGACAAAAAACUCCUAAAUUGAAACUAUCAGCGACUUUUCAGAUCAACAUGACAAAAUAUUCCGGCUGUUUAAUAAUGUACCGCGCAGUUUUGAAGGGGAGGUUACGUAAGGUUGUACAUAAUAAAAGUAGGAUGGGAAUCGCGCUUUUUGCUCUGAACGGACAAGAAAAUGUGACUAGAAAGCAGAUCGCACUUCUUCGCUGCACUGUCAGCACCCGUAGCCCCUUUUAAUUGUUUUUAAAAAUGGCAAAUAAUUCUGUUACGCAAUGAUUUCCUCUUGAAUUAUAAACACAAAUGAAUUUUCUAGUAACGCAAAAUUUAUUUGAGAAGUUAUGUUUUUAUAACUUUAUGAGAAUUUAGGACCAGUAUUCAUAAAAUAUUAAAAUAUUUUCUUCCAAAAAGCCCAGACAGAAUCCUCUAUAUGAUAUUCCCCCAUUUGAGAUCCAUGCAAAUUAUUUAAUCGAUAUUAAAAUAAUAUUAAAGCGCAACUUUUUCAAUUAUUUCCUUAGUGCAAUAAUGUGAGCAAUGUCAGAUAAAUGACCUCUCUUAAUUGGCUAAUGCAGCUCGAAAAGCGUUGCUUAGUUUUCGGCGUAGGCCAAUCUUAUGUUUUAUUCUUUUUCCUUAGCAGUUUCUAUUUAUUUUAUGCAUUUGGUGAGAUUCUUCCAUUUUCAUAAAAUUUCUUGAAUUCUGCUGCCAUUCGAAUAAAGCCGAGCGAUAUUAUCUGCAAGUGCAUUCAAGUUCGACAAAUGAUCCCAAGGUCAACUUUUUUGAUGAAAAAUAUUAUAUUGUUCUGCUUGUUAUUCGUACUUUUUUCGAACUUUCCAUACAUACGAACUUCUGAGGUGCAGUUUUUUGUUUCUUUAUGCCAAAAUUAAAUCUUUUAUCAUCUUAUUCAGCUUAGCGAUAAAGAUCUUCAAACGCCUGCUGUACACUUUAAGGGAAUACUCUAAAGGUUCCUUAUGUAAGUAGAUUACUAAUUUGUUAGUUACAAUUUUGUUGUAGCGGAUCAGUUUUUCCGAAGAAUUCCUUGAAAUUAAAAUUACCCUAGAUAAGCUGUUCACAUUGUUAUAACAUUGAGAGGAAACGAUGACAUGUACAUAAGAAUUGCCGUAUUUGCUUCCACGUUGUUCGAUCCCUAUAAUAUCUAUGAUUAUUACUAUUAUUACAUUUAUUGUGAAAUAUAUUAUUACUUUAGACCCGCUUCCACGUUCAAGUUUUUUCGAGAGAAUGCUAGAACGUGGCCUUAUAUUUGGACUGAAAAUGUUAAAAUGCGAACACAGUCACGCCUCGAAAAUUUUGAAACCCAGCCAAGCAUAUUUAAGGCAUACAAACAGACUGUAUUUAAUUUAAAGGACUGAUUACUUAAGAAAUUGAAAUGAAGAUCGCGCUUUUGAGCUAAUUCUGAUCAAUUCCGGUUCUUCCUUCAGUUUUGCAGUUUACCCAGUUUUCGGUCAAGAUAUUCGAUCAUCGAAUUUUUCAGUCCCGAUAUAUAUUAAUAAUUCACCAGAAAACUCGAGUUCUGACCACUAUGUCUCUUUAUUACUAACUCGCUCUGUUUCUGGACACAGAGCGGAUACGUCGGCAGAGGUUUAUAUUAGUAAGAGUUAAACUUUCGAUAGUUUUUAAUCGGUACAGAAAGAGCUUUAUGACUAAUACCCUAUGAAAAAAGAGUAUAAUAUAAUUAUUAUGGAUACGCCUGCACUUGAAGGUGGAAUAAUAUAAAUAUUGCAUAAUAUUCAGACAGAUAUGUACAAAAGACGUUUAUUACAGGACCUACUAAGCAUUUCCACCCGUUUUCGAAACUCAUUUUAUUGUUGUUUAACCAUGUCUCCUUCAUUGAAACCCGGCUUCCAUUUAUUGACCAUUGAAUCACGGGACCUGGCUUCACUAAUUAAAUGGCGCUACAAUUUAUAAAUACUUCUCUCGUUUGAGGUCUCGUUUUAUAUAUGUGAGCUGGUGCUGUUUAAAUCGAACACAGUAUUCCAGUCAGUCUACCUGUGGAACAGUCGAUCGUAAAAUUGAUUGCUUACAUAACCAGUUUUGGAGAGUUGUUAUCACCGAAAUAAAAUAUUACCAUGACGUGUUUGCGCUCAAUGUCUUUACUCUCAAAGUAAACGGAUUCACAUUUCAGGUUAUUAUCUAUUCCCUUAAAAUAUUCUAUUUGUGUCUCACGAACUUCAUCCCUCAGCUAAUCACGUAGGAAUUAUUAAAAAUCGCUUCCUAAAUUUAAAAAUGUUGCACACGACUUAUGGUUGAGAUUCAACUCCGCUUCGGAGUGAACUUUUUUUCUGUUAUCAUUUCAUUAGACGACUAUGGUUGAUUUUUGUUUAGCUCAUUCUAACCUAUUUGCAUGGUAGACUUUAACUAGAAGUCAGUCUAGAAACUAUCAUGGCCUCUACAAGUUAGGUACCAAGCCACUGAUCAGCAAAGCUAGAGGCAAUAACAGGCUAGUCGGUAACAUCCUCUAACUUCUUCUGUUGCAAAUUUACUAAAUAAAAAUGAGAAAUCGCAUCAAU